CGGUAAAAUCAUCCACAGAGAAUCAGCCUCCACCUCGGGGAGCGGCGUCUUUCAGGUGCGGCUGGCAGACGCGGCUGCUGGAGACCCAGGGCGCUGCGCCUCCCCCCGCGGCUCGCACGCAGUGCGCCGCUCCGGCGGGGGAUGACUUCAUGCGACCGGCCUAGAGUAGCCAGCGGCGGCUGCAGCUGCAGGUGGGGCGGGGGCCGUGCGAGCCCGGAGAGCCCAGCACGCGCGGCCACAAGGCAGGACUGCAGCCCGGGGCAGCCCGGACUCCGCUCUCCAUCCCUAAGCUCCCUGAAUAUCAAUGCCUGAUGUCACCAAGAAGCAACUUCUGAUAGAAAUUUGAAGAUCAUCUUUAAGAAAAAGAAAACAUUCAAUGAAUUAAGGACAAGAAGGUUUCCAAUCAGGUACUGCCACUGUGGUUUCUCACUCUUUCACCUUUGGUUCCAUUGGAACAGGACCCCAGAUCUCACACCCUUCACUCCCACCAGAGACUGUCCCUGUAAAGAACAGAAUUCCUCAGUCUAGAGGCCCUGCUAUGUGGAUAUUUGUUAGCAAUGACUGAUGUGGAAACCACGUAUGCAGAUUUUAUUGCUUCAGGAAGAACAGGUAGAAGAAAUGCAAUACAUGAUAUCCUGGUUUCCUCCGCAAGCGGCAACAGCAAUGAAUUAGCCUUGAAAUUAGCUGGUCUUGAUAUCAACAAGACAGAAGGUGAAGAUGAUGGACAGAGAAGCUCCACAGAACAAAGUGGGGAAGCCCAAGGAGAAACAGCCAAAUCUGAAAGCUAACACUCCACUCUGACCGUCCACAACGCCUGACAAUGUGGCAAAUCUCCUGGCCGUGCUUGGAUGCAUUUGCUGUCCUGAGUGAAAGAGAGGGGAAGAAAAUGGCUGUGCUGUGUGGCAAGAAGCUGUUCAUUGCCAUGUUAAAAGUGGGGGCAGAGCCUGUGUCUGCAGACAGCCUUUUCCCGACCUCUGUCAUGAGCAAUGGUUGAAAUCACCUGGCCUGUGCUUGGAUAUCAUUUUUGUAUGGGUCCUUUCAAUUGACCGUGUAAUGAAAUGCUUGUAGAGAGUAGCACUGACCUAGCUGAUGAUUCCUGUGUAGCAUCUGGCCCCUCACGAUGUCAGAGGAUUUAAUUGUGUCUAAUUGAAAAGGGUUGGUUGAACCCCAGAGUUUAAAUAUCUCUGGCUGGAGUAUUCACCCAGUAAAAGAACCAUCCAGAGAGCACAGUUAGCGCUAUGUCCCUGUGUGUUAGUGCUGUGUUAUCUACACUGUUUUGUAUCGUACAGUAUACCUGCUCAGCACUGCCCUUUGAUUGCUUAUGUAAAAAAAAAAAAAAAAAAAAAAAAAAAAGAUGUACAUUACUGUGAAUUUUAUACCACUCAUUUUUUAAAGGGCUGCCUUUUUAAUUUUCCAUAGUGUUGUGGCGUGCACAGGGCAGAACACACUUUUGUAAAACAAUACUUUCCUCUUGAUGACUGUGUGCUGGUGAUUAAGUCCAACAGACUCACUGAGACCCCUUUGCUUUAUUAUACAAGCAAUUGGAAAUAUCCAUUAAUGUGAAUUUGCCUGAUUUCAGUCUUCUUAUUAUCCUCACAGACAAGAAUUCUGCCUAUCAAUAUUGCUUUUAUUUCUGAAUAAGUACUUUCAACUAAUAUCUUAAUUUUUCAUUAUAAGAAUUUUUAAGAACUGACAAGGCAGACAUAGGAAGCCAGCUGAUGCUAAUAAUUGGAAAUCUUGUGCUCUAUGGGUUAGUUUUUCACACUGAUGUGUGCCACUAUUUCCUUCUGGAGGACAGCUUGUGGAGAAAGAGUUCUCCUCGCAAUCCUGUGGGUAGCAUCCGUACAGUGAAGCCCUCGUGCUAUGUUCUCCCAUGUCCUUUUUCAGCCCUUUCAUAUCAGACAUUAUUAUGCACUUUUUAAUGUUUGUAAAAUUUUACAAAUGAGUGUGAACUGCAUUCUGAUACAAUAAUUAUCACCCCACCACACUUUUACUGACGCUGUUGAUGGCCUAUGCUGUGUUUUCACAUCACAAUUCUUGUAUGGAAAAAUUUCUGUGGCCUGUGUAACCCCUCUGGUCAGUAUUAUGAAACCAACUAUCUUUGGUGAUAAAUAAGGUUCUGGUAAGAUGCCCCGGGUUCAUGAGUACGGCACAAAUAACAGACGACAGGAGGCCUUCACGACGAAGGAGCCCGUAAGUAGCCUGGAGGGCACAGAUGCAACCAGGUUAAGAAAAGAGCAGCUUUUUCAACAGGCAGUCUGUGGGUACGAUGGGAACUCAGCCUGUCUCUGUAGUUAUGGACAGGGUGGCAGGUAACUGUGCCCACAUCUUCCUAUACAGUGCUUUUUUUUACUGACUGGAAGUACAUGAAUCUCACUUAGUCCCCAACUGGACGUUUUCUGGAAAAACAAGCAAAUGUUAAGUAUGUCUUUCUGGAUAUAGACCAGCAGUAAAUACAUUAAGUGUGAGAGGCCUUGCUUUGAUCUAAGUCAUUGGAGGCUAGUAAAAAAUUGAAACGAACCUUCCUGUUGAUAGACUCAAAGCUGUGAAGAGAAGCCUCUUGGCCUGUUUCAGACAAUCUCUGGUAAUCUACUGACAAUAUCCAACAGUUUCGAUGUCCUUGUUUAACUAUCCUGGUAGCUUUCUUGUGGAUUUGAAGUUCAUUCUUAAAGCUGUGGAAUUUCAAACUGAAUUCCCGUGCAUUUUUUAAAAGUUCAGAACCAGUGCUGAGUCUGUGUGGCAGGUUUUUUUCACCGUGUGACUAUUACAAAUGCAUGUGGUGCCGUGCUUGUCUUCAAAUAUAUAAGUAGUGCUAAAUGGAUAAGUCAUAUGGAGCUUUUGAUUUAGUCUGAUCUCUUACUACUACUUUAUGUACUGUGUUCAAACCCAGAAGUUUUCACAAGCUGGAAGGGGGAAAAAAACAUUCUAAGUAUCCCAUCGUAUAAAUUUUGAUUGGCAAAAGUGCAUAGACUCCUCUUAUUUUCAUUUAAAAACUGUUAUUUGCAAGAAAAUAAUUCAUAGGGAACUAAUCUGCAGAGACAUGUGAAAGAGCAGGCAACCCAAGCAAAGGGUGUUGGCUAACUAUCCCAACUGAGUCAUUUUAGAACCCUUUCUUUCAUCUCUUCAAAUGUACCAUUUAGAUUUCAACCUUCCUCCCUUGCACACAUUAGGAAAUGAACGUGAAUAAGGACUAAUUUUUGCAAGAUUAGAAAGCUAAUUCGGGCCCCAGUUUAUCUAUCAACAGAAUUUUCAGUCCACAUUUUAUAAAGUGAGAGCUAAUUGCACAAUAUAUUUCUCUGUAUGUAAAACUUAUGGAACAUACACUCGUUCACCCUCCACUCUACAGAGAAGAAAAAUGAGUUCAAAGGAACUAGCCUUUCCUGAGGUUUGCGACAGGGGCAAUGGCAUUCGUGGCUAAGCCUACCUUUGUUUUUAUUUGUUUGCUUGUUUUUAAAUAUGCGAUUAUAGCUCAUUUCAACAGUUUACUUCUGGCAUGUAAGCUGUAAAUUUACAUGUGUUUGCUAUGUAAGUGUACCAUUAUUUUAUGCUUUUUUAUUUAAUUACUAAGAAACAAAAAAUAUUAAGUUUUUAACAGAUAAAAAAACAAUGAGUGAGAAACUGUUGAGUUUACCUCUUUUUCAAAUGAGAGCAUUUUCUGUCGAUACAUAUUCAUCCUAAAUUACCAGAAAUGCUUUCUACUCUGUAACAGAAAUUAUGACCUUCAGUUUUCAGGAAAUACUAACAUAAUAGCCCACUGUCAAUGCCCUCCCACUGAGUCUUCCUCAAACAUGGCAGCAAGACACCAUUGUAGAAAACGAAUGACAUUUCUAUCUCUUCUCAGAGGAAUAAGGGAAAAAAAAUCUAACUGUUGGACAGCUUCUGAAUGAAUCCUGCAGUAGUAAGGAAAAAAUGUCUAGUUAUCAAAUAAAAAGAAGAAAGGAUCCAUAACGGAUGAUGUCUUAGAAGCCCAGAACUGUUCUUGAACUGAAGAGUGGCAGCCUUGGAAGUCAUCUAUGAGCUUCUAUGACUUUUGUAUUUAGCAAUGUUGCAUGCUCACAUAAUUGACAUUAAAAACACGUGUUUUCUGAAAUGCAGGCUAUCAAGAGUAUUUAUUUACUGUAUACGAGAUACUUGGUGCCUGAGAAAGGAUUAAAAAAGAGAAUGUGAAAAAGAAACUCAAAGCCUGAGCCAUCUUGCACAUUUCUCCAAGCCUCUGGCUUUCAUUUCCCCAUCCUUUACCCUAGAAAGUUCUGAUCCAUUCUGUUCUGGUAGCCCAGCCCCUUCAAUGUUUCCUUCUGCCAUAAGCAACCCGUGCUCAAGUCUGAAGUGCCAAUAUCACACGUAGGCUUCUGACUCACUUAUCUGAGACAGAAAGCACUUGAACAUGAUAAAAGUGUUUAAAACUUUUACCUUCUUACAUGACUUUUGGUAACUUUCUUUCCUCCUACAUGCUCUCAUCAGGUGAGAAGUCUCAGCUAGACAUUCAAGGCCUGAAGCAUCCAAAUAGCCCCCUCCAUUGCAAGGAUUUCAGAUGAAUCAGCAAUGACAGGCGUUGUCACAGACACACCUGUUUUCACUGUAUUGUGGAUGACAUUUGGUGGUAGGAGGUAUUUGAAUAGACCUUCCUUUAUCUUUGUGCUAGUCUCUUUUAGUGAUAAUACUUUCAUCGCAUCAGAUAGAAAAGACCAAGAAGAAACCACCAUGGGAUUUAAAUGAUACUAGCCAUCUGUAAGUCAGGAUCAGAAGUCAUGAGACCAAAGGGCCUUGGAAAUAUUAAAAUUUAUCUUAUUCAAGCCACAAAAACAAAACACACCUGUGAAACACUCCCCCUGUGUACUCCUUAUAUAUUUCAAAUUUAGGAUGUUAGGCAUGAAAAUCCUGGCUAUUUCCAGGUGUGAAACCAAAUUAACACAGCAAUCUUACUGUACCCUACUAAAUAGGUUUGCACCCCAUCUCUCAUCUCUCUCCACAAGAAACUGAGCCUUUCCUCAGCAGUUUCCUCAGCACCGUAUUGGGUCAUUAGUUUCGCUCUUCAGUGCCCUCAAGUUCUUUCUUGUUUUUUUUUUUUUCCAUGCCCAUCCAGUUAGAUCAACCAAAACUUCUGCUCUGAUCUUAAUUUACCUUUUAGAUGAUGUUACAUAUUUCUAGCAAUGUUUACUCAUCGUUAGCCUCUUUGACAUGGUUGGUUACUACAUGUCUGAUUCCCAAUGGAAAAGGGAAGCUUCCUGUUUCUCGGCUAAGAUUUAUUCUUGCAUCUGAAACUGUUAGUUGUCUGAUGACCUUUGUAGAAGACAAGUUAAUUGUCCUUUUUGCUAACUUUCAUCUCUCAAAAAUAUUCUCAAGUUUUCAUGAUCCACCUUUAGAUUCGAUCCUUAUAUUUCUCAAAAUUGUGAUUUUGAUUUUUGGAGUUUUGUCUGUUUGUUUAUUUGUUUGUUCAUUUUGCUUUGUUUUUUGCAUUUCCUCCUGAUGUCUUAGCCUUCUUCAACCUGACUUGCAGCAUCUCUCACCACGAAUAACUCCGAGACACAUAGUGUCACUAAGUCUGAAAUUUCUGAAACACAGAAAUUAAAGAAGUAAUACAGGUACAGAAGACUAAAACAUAAAAAUGUUUGCAUAAUUUUAAUUGAUGCCUACAUGACAGAGUACAACAGAACACUAUGUCUUCUUCAAAGUGUGAAUCUAUGUAUUCCACAAAAUCUAUCUUCUCUCCAGCAUAACGCUUUCUGGGAUUUACUCCAUGACCAUGACCUCCACAUUAUGAUUGGUGGCUGCAUCCUUAGUCUCAACAACACCCAUUUCUUCAUAUGCAGUGUUUGCCACAUAUAGGGAGCCCCAGCCUCAAACCUAGCUAUCCAGAGAUGACUGAGGCCAUCCUGUAGAAUGCUGCAAGCAGUCAUUCUCUGGGAUGGCUGAUAACAGUGCACUAUCCAUCCUUUCAGCAGCACUCACGCUUUUGGUGAAACUGCAGCUUCAUUGUUCUCUGAGUUUGGCCUAAACAAAAUGCUUGAUUUGCCUAUAUAUAUAUAUAUAUAUAUAUAUAUGUGUGUGUGUGUGUGUGUGUGUGUGUGUGUGUGUGUGUGUGCCUACUUGUUGAGUGUUACGUCCUUUCCAAUAACUCAUUCUUUUUGACUAGUUGUUUUCAUUCUCUAGUUUCCUAUGAGAUAUUGUUCUUCUGGGGUAGUCUGUCUAUUGGGAAUGUAUGCGUUUGGGGGGUGGGGCAGCAAAAAAAUGAAUCCUUGGGCAGCUAGCAUUCUACCAGCUCCUGCCUGUUUCAAUUUCCACUCCAACACCAUCAUCAGGGUCACAUUCACAGUAAUAAGUCACACAUUCUUAUUGCCAAUGCAUAAACCCCUCCAUUCAUCUGACCUACUGGACAGUUGGGCAUGGAGUUCCCAAAACAUGUAAACAAAGCAAAACCAGUUAUUUAUUUUUUAAAAAUACCAUAUUUUAUAUAACUCCUUGAUGUGGGAAAGCAUUUGCCUAUUCUUAAAAGUGUCUUCUUGAUUAUUGACACAUGCUCACUAUUUUUUCAGAUGAUGCAUCCUUACAUCUUUUCACAAAAAACAGAAAGUUCAGAAUCUUCUUGACUUGAUUUCCCUUUCCAAUAUCCAACUGUAAGGAAUUAGCUGUCCCCUGUUCCUUAUUCUCUAAUAGUUUUCCUUCAAAUGGAUCUCACCCUUUGAAUAAAGUAUGUAUAAAAGACAGCAUCAACUGCAUUGUCUCCUUGCUUAUCUUUGUAUCUUCAUUAUCUGUUAGACACGUUAAGUAUUUGUAAAUAAAAUCUGAGAUCAUAGCACAGUUAAGAGACAGACUUUAUUUACAGAUUGAUUAGUAACAACUGCAAUUCAGGCAUAAAGUUGAUAGUUGAAACUGAUGACUUCUGUCACGUGCCUUGCUGCAGAAAAUACCAAUUUUUUUAUUUUACAAUAAAAUAAAUACUUUUAAAUGUCACCUUAAA